UACGGGCAGCACGGCACCGGCUGGAUCAUAGAGUACAAAGGGCGAUACAAAGACGAUCCUCAUCGUGUUUGAGUUUUUUUGUGGUAUUGUGCAGCGUGGCUUCAUUGGAGUGAUCUAGCAUUAUUGGGUGUUGUGUAGAUAAGACAGAAAGCUAUUCAAAAAAGAAAACGACACAUUUUUAAUAGAUUAUUUGGGUGUGCUGGGAGCCUCUACAGUUCAAAGUACAUUGUUGGUACAAGGGGGAAAAGACGAAUAUUUUCAAAGAGAAUGAAAAAGGGUGCGUCUUUCAUAAAUAAUGUGAGUGGUUUGAAGCAAGAUUGUGUGAAGCUAUGAAUUGAAAUGUGCUUUUAUUUGCAAUAAAAGUGUUAAAAUAUUUAUAAACCAAGUUUGAUGUGUUAAAGUUUUUCUUUUGAUUCGGGUGCACCAAGUCCCAAGCGCCACAGAUUAAGCUUAAACGACUGAAAAAUCAAAUAUCUGUGAUUUUCGGUAGGCAUAUAAAAAAUCGGUAGGAAUACAGAUAAAUCGGUAUUUCUGGUCACUCUGCUGUCAGCUGUGCUUGACGUUCUGUGCGUCAAACGAGGUGUUGUUGGUCGAUCGGUGUUGGGAGAAAAUCCGCUUCUCACGCAGGGGAAAAACAAAAAUGUACGGCGGAAAAUCACCCCAGGAGCUGCUUUCGGGCUCGUUCACGAAAUCCUGGCUGCACGACAAGUGGGCCCCGCUGGUGGGUAGCGUGUUCGGAUUCAUCGGCGCUUGCUACGUCAACUAUGGCACCGGCCGUCCAGCGCUCAGCGGCAUUCAAAAGCACAUCGCAGCCGCCCUAGCCGUCGGUGCCGUGGCCACCAUGGCCGACAAGUGGCGUGAUGCUCACUUUGCCGAGAAAGAUGCCACCUUCCGCCACUACAUUCAGCUGCAUCCGGAAGAUUUUCCUACCCCUGAGCGCAAAAAGUAUGCCGAUGUGCUGGAGUACUGGCAACCCAUCCGUUAGGUUUACUUUCUCGUUACAUUGACCCGCGGCCAACGGGAUGCCGGUUUGUUGGUGACUAGUGUGUAGCGUUGAUGUAAAUAAAAAAAGCCCAAAAAUCACUACCCAAA